AUGUCGAUGAUGAGCCUCGUCCUGCGCCGACCUUCCCACUACCCCCGCCACGAGCCACGCCUCGGGCUCCGCGUCGAGCAACAGGCUGCGCAACCCGACUCAGCCAACGACCCGCCCAGACGCUCGCCACUACCAAGAUCGGCCGACGUCAAGAACGACCGGUCUGUGCGUCCGUGCCGGUCUCCGCCUCCGUUCUGGGUGACGGCGGAGUGGACGAACAGGAUGCAGAGGUUGUUGGAUAAUCAUCUCGUACUAACGGUGUUGGGCCGAGACGGGCGGGCAUGGACGGAAUUGAAUAUUGAAUGGGCAUUGGCUCGGCGGACGACAACCCCGAGCCCCGAGCUGGCCAGGGCCCCGGGGUUCGGUGUGUGUGGAAGAAGAAGUACUUCGGGAUGGAAGUGGUCGGUGUCGGUGUACAUGUCUCCUGAGCUAGAGGCGGACAAGUACUUCCUUCUCCCGCCUUUCGUUUUUGGACUCUCGGCGUAUACUAGGAUGGGAUGA